AUGGCGGCUCCUGCUCUCAGCUUGGUUUUGUGUAUGCUCCUGCUCUCGCACGGUUCGGCGCAGGCCAGGAAGACCGUGCCCGGCGAGGUGGUGCCUGCCGCGGAUCGGGAUGGAGCGUCGGGCAGGGAGAGGUUCUUGGGUGGUGGUGUGGAAGGUGCCGCGGGUGGUUCCCGGCGCCGGAGGGAGCUCCUUGCGGGAGCAGGGGCGACGACGACGCGUGACGUGUUCGCGCCGGUGACCAACCCGGUGACGGUGCCGGCGACCAACCCGGCGUCCCCAGGCGGCAUCGUCACCGUGCCGGCGACCAACCCGGGCACGGGCACCGGGUCCGCGACCAACCCCAACCUCCCGCCGCUGUACCCGGAGCCGUCGACGACGCCCGACCCGACGACGAUGCCUGCGCCGUUCUCGAACCCGGUCGCCGCGCCGACCAUGCCGGCGCCGUUCACCGCCCCGGUCACCAACCCAGCCACGACGCCGACGCCGGUGCCCGGCACGGCGCCAAUCACCAACCCGGCCACGACGUACCCAGGCGGCAGUACCGGUGCCGGCUCCGGCGUGGGGAGCGUGCCGACGACCCCGGUGUACCAGGCGCCGGCGACGACGGUGCCGACGCCGACCACGGUGCAGCCAGCGGCGGGGGGGACGGGGCAGUCAACAUGGUGCGUGGCGAAGGCCGGGGUGACGGAGGCGGCGCUGCAGGACGGGCUGGACUACGCGUGCGGCAUGGGCGGCGCCGACUGCUCGGCGCUGCAGCCCAUGGGCAGCUGCUACAACCCCAACACGAUGCAGGCGCACGCCUCCUACGCCUUCAACGCCUACUACCAGCGCAGCCCCUCGCCGGCCAGCUGCGACUUCGGCGGCGCCGGCAUGCUCGUCGCCACCAACCCAAGUUCAGGAACUUGCAUGUACCAGGCAUCAUCAGGUUCAGGUUCUGCCGCCGGCUACAGCCCGGCGGCGACGGGCACCACCUCCGGGCCGGUGGGCGUGACGCCGAGCUUCGGGCCGGUGGGAACCACGACCGGGACGGGGACGGGACCGGCGGUCAGCAGUGGAGGGUCGGGCUCGACGGUGCUGAACGCGAACAACUACCCAGGCGGGACCUCGAUGUACGGCCCGGGCAACCCGGCCGGCUUCUCCGACACCAGCAGCGGCGCCGCCUCCCUGAACUGCAGCUGGGUCCUGUCUCUGAUCUGGAUGUUCACCUUUGCUUAUGUCAAGGUGAAGGUGUAG